AUGUCUUCAGCAAUGGGUCAUGUUAAUGCAGCAAUAAUUGAAGUAAAUCCAACAUGUAAAGAAAGUCGAUUGUCAAUUGAUGGUGAUCAGAUUAUGAACGAUUUAACGGCGCGAAUUACAAUAACAUUUCGUGAUAUUUGUAAAAAACUUGAUGUGCCUGCUAAAAUCAUCGAUCCAAACUCUAAAGCCAAAACAAUUCAACAAACCCUACUUGAUGACGUUUCUGGUCAAAUUCAUCCUGGAGAAAUAUGCGCUCUGAUGGGACCAUCGGGAUCAGGUAAAACUACUUUACUCAAUGUCUUAGCUGGAAGAAAAUUAGAAGGUGUUAGUGGAACUAUUUGGCUGAACAAUCAAGUUUAUGAAAAAAAUAUGAAAAGAAUGUUUGGUUAUGUUUUACAGGAAGAUAUUUUCUUUGAAGAACUUACUGUUAAACAACAAUUUACAUGUACUGCUUUACUUCGAUUGCCAAAAAGCUUAUCGAAAAAGGAUAAAUUAGCUCAAGUUGAACAUGUUGUUGAACAAUUACGUUUGGAAAAAUGUUCAAAUACUCCAAUAAAACUUCUUUCUGGUGGAGAAAAGAAACGUGUUAAUAUUGGAACAGAAUUAUUAACAAAUCCAAGUGUUUUAUUUCUUGAUGAGCCAACAUCAGGAUUAGACAGUACAUCAGCAGUUCUUCUCAUUUCUGUCCUUCGAGAGUUAGCUGUAAAAGGGAAAACUAUUCUAACAUCGAUUCAUCAACCAUCUUCACAAAUUUUUCAAUCGUUUGAUCAAUUAAUUUUAUUGGCUGAUGGAAAGACGAUUUUUAUGGGUAAACCAGGCAAUGCAUUAGCGUACUGUUCAAUUGUUGGAUAUCAAUGUCCUCCACAAUAUAAUCCAGCUGAUUUUCUAAUGGAUCUUGUUAAUCAAGAUAUGAGUAUUCGUGAGAAUCUUAAAGAAAUUUACGUUCAAAAUAGAUAUUUUUUAAGUAAAAAUCAAUCUGAGUUAACUGAAGCUCAGAAAUGUUUAAUCGGCGAACCAACUGAAAAUGAAAUUGAUUCAUUGAAUGGAAAUAAUCUUCAAUUAGCUCUACAAAAGAAAGAAAAUAAAUGGCCAAUUGGCUUUGUUCGACAAACCAUGAUACUUUUUUCACGGAAUUGGCUAUUAACAAGUAAAUCACAGUUUAGUAAAUUAAAUAUUAUUCAAGCAUUGUGUAUAUCAAUAUUAUAUGGACUUUUAUGGUUACGAUUGGAUUUUAGAGAAGAUACAUUAAAAGAUCGUUCGUCAUUUCUGUUUUUUAUGAUGAUUUUUUGGCCUUUAGAAGUUUGUUUUCAAGGAGUUCUAUCAAUUCCAAGUGAACGUGCUGUAAUUAAUAAAGAAAGAGCAAGUGGAUCAUUUCGUUUAUCAGCUUAUUAUGUUGCUAAAUGUUUAUCUGAAAGUCCACUUAAACUUGUUUUACCUACAGUUUCCUUUACAAUCGCUUAUUGGAUGGCAAAUCUUAAUCCGUAUUUUCCAAUUUUCCUUGGCAUUUUGGCAUUUUUACUUUUAAUUGUUCUCGUUGCUGAAUCAUUUGGAGUCUUACUCGGAGCGUUAUUUCGAAGUGUAGCUGAAGCAUGGGUUACGGGAAAUGUUUUCCUGAUUGGAUCGUUAUUGGUCGGUGGAUAUUUUAUUGAUAACAUACCAUCUUGGCUGAAAGUUUGGAUAAAAUGGAUUUCGUUUUAUAAGUAUACAUAUGAUGCUUGCCUUCAAUUAUUGUUUAUGAAUGAACGUUCGUAUCAAUGUGUUAAUGGAUAUACUAUUGAGUUUUGUAGAAAUAAUACAAAUGGAACUUUUACUAAUCAUCAAGCUUUGGAAAUCUUUCAUGUUAAUGCGAGUGUUGGAAUCAAUUUUCUUGCUCUCUUUGGUAUACUUCUUCUUUUUCGAAUUAGUGCUUACAUUUUCUUAAGACUUAUCAAACAUGGUGAUGCACGAGCUUAA